AUGGGGGGUCGCUCAGGGUCCAGUCAGUGGUGGGAAGGAUGAUUGGCGAUUCCGUGAUUAUUGAUAUCCCACUGGGACAUUGCCUUUAUCCGAGGUGUUAAUUAGGGCUCCCGAAUUACUUGAUCGUGACCGAACGAUAAGGUCUUCUUAUGGAGAGGUCCCUAAAGGACCCUCCGUUCUCGGGCUGGCCAAACUUUGGUGGGCACGCGCUCUCGGGUGUCUGGGAGUGGUGGGUGACUCCUACUUCUCCCUUGACUCGAGGGACCUGAACAAAGAAGGCGUGCGCUGGAUAUUUUCAAUCCCAUCUCAAACAGCAGCACCCCAAGCGAGUGUGUUCCUUUUAAUGGGACAAGGGAUAAAUUGAAAGGAAAGUUCGGAUGAAAAUGGCGUUUCCGCCAAUGAAAUCCCUUGAAAGGGUGGCUGCCACUUGUGUACGGAGGACUACGGGGGCGACCGACUGACUCAGAGGAUCCCUUGUAUCGAUCGGCUUGAUCUAGAUCAGUUUUGAGACCGGUGUUUUGUGUCAAUGUGCCGAGCUGGCGAUUGGUGUCCAAGAUGGGCAGUAAACAUCCUUUUGUGACUCUUUUGUUGAUUUCGUUGUUUGUUUUGGAUGUGGCGACCGAUAUCGCGACUGGCAUCGAACUCAUCUUGAACGACCAUCACGGAUGGGGAUAUUUGGUGUUGGCUUUGGUAAUAUUCCCGGUGUUUGUGUCGAUUGUGGCGGAAUUGUUAAGAGGAUGCAUUUACAGUGGUUGUUGUGGGGAAGCUACCACGGAUUGGAUUCCCUUGAUAUUUUACCAUCUUUACACCGUGAUUAUGAUGAUCGGCUCCGACUGCAAUUACCAAUGGGAGCAAGAGUCACACUAUCUCCAAGCCAUCCAGGGCUUCCUCCAAUCGGGUCCCCAAAUUGUGCUUCAAAUUGUCAUCAUUUUCCGUGGAGCUCUGAUUCACAGCUUUAGGGAUACAACCAAAACCCUUUUAGAAGACGGACUCACUUUUGAGUUCUUCUCAGAUAAAUCUCUUGGCUGGUACUGGGGUCUCAUCCAAGUGUACAGCCUCGUAUUCAGCAUGCUCUCGCUUUUGCAAACCAGUAUUCAUUUCAAUGAAUGGCCCAAACGUCGGCACACCAUUCACCGCUUCCUCUUAAUUGUACCGUUCUUCCUGACCACCAUGAUUUAUCGCUCAAUGGCCUUGGCCUUGCUCCUGAUCUUUGCCGGGAAAAUGGCCCUAUUGCCGAUCUUUGCCAUCAUCACGGCACAAGUAAUUACUUACAAUAGCUUGGCUCUCGAUCUUCCACGAAGCCUAGCCUAUGGUAUUUGUUCCCUGAUUGUUCCCAUGGGAUACACGCGAUGCCGAGAUCCGGACAGCCAACCAUUUGGCUUAAGCCUUUUACCGGGCUAUACCAAUCGCUUUGAGGGCACGUGUCCGGGCGAAGGUGAUCGAAGCCCCGAGCAAGUGGACAUUCUACGAGAGCGCAGCAAAUGCUUUUUGGCCAUGCACGCCAUCUUGGGAGGAGGGAUCCUUGGGAUCUCGUUGGCUAUCAUAUACUUGCUAGUAAAUUUCACAGAGGUAUUCAAUCCAUUAUCAGCUUGGAUCAUCUUCAACCAUUACACUUUAAGUGACAGUAUUUUCCCGUUCAUAGCGGCAGACUAUUUGGUGGCUUUGGUUCUAACAGGGUUAUUCACUUGUUGCAUUGGGCGGUGCUUUGAAGAAGAAUACAUUUAUCCAGUGUGAAUUGCAAGUGACUUUUACUAUCUCAGAUUAUCUAUUUUGCCAUUUCUAGUCGUGUAUUUUCAUUUUUGGUAUCACUUGAUGUAGUCAAAGUGCUCGUUGCUCAAUAAAACCCCUGAAUUAUAAUUAUUUGAAUCUGA